AAGUCCAGCUAGUCUGGUCCUUGUUCCCGUCUGGGUACCAGCUUCUUUCAGCAGCGCAGGCGGCGGUCACUCAGGCCAGUGGAAGGAAAAGGAAUAAAGCUUGCAGGAAUUGUGCAGGUCGUUGUUCUUAGCAGGACCCAAGGCUAAAAAAGGAGGAAGAAACUGACCCGAUCAGUACUAGAAGUAAUUGCAUUCAAAGAGGAAUAAGCAAAAAAAAAAGAAAGGAAAAAAAGGAAAGAAAGAAGGAAGAAAGAGAGGCAGACAGACACAAGAUGAAACCCUGUCAAAAAAUUGAGGAAAAACCAGAAAAUGAGAGUGAACCAAAGUUUGAGGAGGAGCCAAAACCUGAGGAACAGCCAGAGGAGGAGGAAGAGCCAGAGGAGGAAAAAGCAGAAGAGAAUUUUAGAGAAAGGCUGAUACAAUCUCUCCAGGAAUUUAAAGAAGAUAUACACAACAGGCACUUAAGCAAUGAAGAUAUGUUUAGAGAAGUGGAUGAAAUAGAUGAGAUAAGGAGAGUAAGAAACAAACUUAUAGUGAUGCGUUGGAAGGUUAAUCGAAACCAUCCUUACCCCUAUUUAAUGUAGUUUACUUUGAUUUUUAUCUGGUAUUAACAAUACUAUAUAGCUUUCUUUUUAUCAGUAUUUUCCUGAUAUAACUUUGUCUAUCUUUCUACUUUUAACCUUUUGCUGUUAGUGGUUUUAGAUGCAUCUCAUUAUCAUAUUUUGAGCAAUCUCUAUGUCUCUGUCUUUUAAUAAAAGAGCUUUACUCAUUUGUAAAAAAAAAAAAAGAGGUUCCCAAUAGAAUAUAAAAUCAAAAAAGGUUACAAAGUAAUACGUGAAUAUAAUAUUUUUGAAAGGUAAAAGUACAUUUGUAUAUUACAUAUAUGCACAUAAAACUUGUGAAAGAUGAAAGACACAAAGUUCAGUUUAUUGGUGGUGGGAUUAUAAAUGAUUUUUCUUCUUUUGCUUAUUUGUAUUUUCCAUAUGCCUAAAAUGAACACACAUUAUUAUUGCUAAAAAUAAUAAAAGUUUUAUAACAGAAAAACAAC